AUGGCAGUUGGGAUUCUGGAACUUCCUCAGAUUGACAGUAAGCAUGUUCGCUUCUCAAAAGGACUUUCUGCUGGAGAACGUUUGGCAGUAGAGGAGCGGAAAAUUAAGUGUGCUGAAGCAUUGGGAAAGUUGCCAGCAAUGCAUAUAACAGAGGACCAGGUUCCAGUCAUCGCUGUAUUAGGCUCCGGAGGUGGCAUACGUGCCAUGUUGAGUCUUUUGGGCUCAUUGUCAGGACUUCAGGAAAUCGGGGUGUUGGACUGUGUGACCUACAUUUGUGGAGUGUCUGGGUCUACUUGGGCUAUGAGUUCUUUAUGUGAAAAUCCUGAGUGGACUAAAGAUUUAGAAUCUUUAACUAAAGACAUCUGCAGUAAGGUAGUAAGACAAGAUGCUUCUUGGGAAAAAAUCAUUGACAUUAUCUUUGAGGAAGAACGUCUCCGGAAAAGAUUGGUGGAAGCUGCCAGAAAAAACGACUUCUCGUUGACAGACGUUUGGGCAGCAGCUGUCAGCUAUCUGAUUGGAAAGGAAAACACUCACUUUCUUUCAAGUCAUCAAAAAUCUGUGAAAAGGGGGAUAAACCCAUACCCAGUAUAUGCUGCAAUUAAUAAAGAAGCCUUCGACAUAGAAGAAAAGUGUCACCCAGAAAUUUGGUUUGAAUUCACACCCCAUGAAUGUGGCUUUCCAUAUUACGAAGCAUUUAUUGAAACAAGUGACUUCGGGAGCAAAUUUGAAGAGGAAGCUGUAACAAAAAGCCAUCCAGAGCUUGAUGUGUGUCAUUUACAAGGUAUAUGGGGCAGUGCAAUGGCACACGAGGAAACAUUGAGGCGAUAUGUAAAAGAUAAAGUAAAAGACCUCUGGAAAACUAAUGUUGAUUGUGAUCCAGGCAUUGUGGAUUUCAUUUUUGACUCACUACAUGGUCAAGUUGAACAAGGAAUGAAAAUGAUCACUGAGUAUACCAUGAACCAGAUAGAGGAGACUUUUGCAAACGGUAAUGUAUUUGCUGUUUUCCUAAUGUUGUGCAGUUCUGAUUUUUUCAAAUUGCACUGUGGUAAAUAAAAAUACAAUCAGUAGCAUACCUUCUAACACUUUUAACAUGUCAGCCAUCCAACUGUUACAAUGCACAUAUGGAAAUAUAGUUGAGAGAAAAAGACGUAAGGAUAU